AUGUGUAGGUUUGUGUUUCCGUCUAGAAAAACGACAGCCGAUAACACCUACAAUACGGCACAAGCAGAUGCAGAUCAUGAAGAAUUGCUAACAAUACGAGAUCAUAUUACCUAUAUUCGACGAUGGAUACAUCAACGACAAUCUAUUCUGUAUUCAUUUGAUACAGAUGAAUUCUUAUUAAGAUUUCUACGCGUUACAGAUUUUCGUUUAGAAAAAGCCAAAGAAAGAUUAAUUUCAUUUUGGCGAUAUCGAACAGAAAAUCCUCAAUGGUUCAGAAACCGAGAUCUAAUCAAAAACCAAUUGAUGUGCCAAAUAUCCGAAUUAGCCUAUUGUCUUCAGUUACCAAAAGCAACUAAAGAUAAACAUCUCAUCUUUCUAAUGCGUUUGGGACAAUAUGAUCCAUUAGUCUAUACCAUCGAUGAUGUUACUCGUUACGCAUUUGCUGUCGCAGAUAUUUUAAACCUUCAACCGGCUGCUCAAUUGUAUGGUUUUAUAAUUAUAUUAGAUUUCACAAAUAUUCGCUUACAACACAUUAGACAAUUUACACCUGGUCGUGUUCGUCGAUAUGUUGAUUGUUGGGAGAAAAUGUAUCCAGUAUAUUUGCGUCAAAUUCAUUUCUAUAACUAUCCAAGUAUUUUCGGUCCUAUCUUACAUUUAUUUCGUUUCUUUCACUGCCGAAAUAUUAAUGAUCGAAUGUUUUUUCAUUCAAGAACAUCAAAUGAUUCAAUGAAGAAAUCUUUACAUAAAUAUAUUGACCCGUCAUUGUUACCAAAUGAAUAUGGUGGUGAGUUGGAUUCAGUGGAAUCUGAGAUGAAUAAAUCAUUUAUUCAAUGGACCCGUCAACAUAACGACUGUUUGAUUGAACUCGAACAAUGUGGAGUCGAUCUCAAAGAAGUAUCGUGA